AUGCCGUCCGAAGUUACACUUGGAGCCUCUAGAGGACUUGGAAUAUUUAUCAAUUUGAAUAAUACUGUCAUCAGGCUUGUUCGUAGCAAGUCAGUAACCGAGGAGAAAGUAAAGGAGGAAUUGCCGGAACGUACCAACAUUGACAUCAUGGAGGCCGAUAUCACUGAUUUUGCUGCUCGAAAGGUGAGAAACCUCAAAGAUGCACAGGAACAGUCUAUUGACGCAAUCAUAUAG